AUGUUCCUUAUGAAUGCAUCUCCUUUGGUAGCUCUUCAGACAAAAUGGGAGUCCUUUGGACCAGCAAGGAAUUGUAGAUACCCCGUUUGCUUCUCUGAAUCUGAAGGGGGCGACACUAGAACCUCUGUAAGUGCAAAAGUUCAGAUGAUCAUAAACAACCUGCAAAGUCAAGAGUCUCCCCUGGGUAUGAACAAUGAGUAUGAUUGUAUUAUGCAAAGGAAACAAAAGGGAGAAAAGGGCACCAGUAACAGAGUCACGUCUAGCACCACAUUGCUGCGGAAGCAUCCUCAGUACACCAAGUGUGGAUGCCCUGCCGAUUUGGACGACGCUGAAGCGGAGGAGAACGUGGGGUUUGGGACUCUCUUGCUGGAAUCUGAUAGCGACGAUUCUGUUGACCGAGGUAUAGAGGAAGCCAUUCAAGAGUAUUUGAAAGCCAAAAGCAAAAGUGACCAGUCAUUGCAAAGGAACGCAGAGUGUUCUGAGAAUAUAAGCAGUGACAAAAGGUUUAAGAGAGAAUUAUCCCGUAACAAAAUGGCUAGUAACCUUCUGCCUGUGAAAUUUAAAGCUGAGAUGCUCUCUGAAGAGUACCUGUCUGACCACCUGGGAAUUGGUAAAAGGCUGCAGCCCGCUUCCCCUCAGAGCAUCAGUAGCGAUGACUCUUUUGAACAGAGCAUACAGGCUGAAAUAGUGCAGUUCCUGAAUGAGAAGAAGCAGCAAGAAAUUAGUAAGUGUGUGAUUGGGGAGGAUAAAAAAGAUUCCCAUCUGAGAUCUGUCCUAAAAUGCAACAAGGAAACACCAAACAAAACAAACUGUGGUGCUAUAAAGCAAGGUUGUAACGCAUUCCUCUUGAGACACCAUCCCAGGCUCCAGGAAACUGGCGCGCAGUCCAGAAUCCAAGAAGAGCCGAGUGAUUUCAGCCAGGUGAACCGAGCGUACCUGGAAAUGGCCACUGCCAGCCAGCCCUGGUUAGUGGAGCAAAACGAAGGAAGCGGUGCUAAUUACUGGGAGACGAGGGGAGCGCUUGUGAACGAGAGCAUGCACACAUCUGACUCAAGCAGCGACGAUGGCAUUGAAGAAGCCAUUCAGCUUUAUCAGCUGGAGAAAAUCAGGAAAGAGGCAGGUCACGCUGCAGACUCCGUCCCUUUGCGGAGAGAACAAUUUGAUGCGAAGGGAAUGGCAGACAUAUCUGGAAGCCUGACUAUUAGCUCAACAAAAAGUGCCUCACCAGAAACCCAUAAAAGCCCUAUAAGCAACAAGAGAAAAGAAAUUAAUUCGAAGUCAACCGAGUUAGAAAGCAGCAGCAAUGAACUUCACAAGCUGUUUAAACCACUGAAAAAGGCCAGACGUUUUGCACCUGCGGAAGACAAGAUCGCUGCUUGUGAGCUCACGUUGCAGGCUUCUUGCAGAGCGGACACAUCUGCAGAACUCAUGUGUGCGGAAGCUAUCCUUGAUAUUUCCAAAACAAUCAUGCCAUCCCAAAUGGGAAGUGACAACACAUCGCUCGCUGCAGACUCCUUCUUUUCUCCCCAGCUUCUCUCAUCUUCCCGCUGCGAAAGCGACAGCAGCCUUGUGGACAGCGAUGAUAGUAUCGAGCAAGAAAUCAGGGCUUUUUUGGCUCUGAAAGCACAGUCGGAAAACCUUGGAACAAAGCCUCCCAGCCUGUCACACUCAAUCCAGAUGCCUUUGCCUUCUGAUCAGAACAGCCUUCCCGGUACCCUUGAGCCUUCUCUUCCCAAAACACUGAAGCUGUCACUGAGUCGUAAAAGGAGACUUAAAAGGGAAGGCAGACUGGCGAAACAGGGUGCAUCUAAAACACCUGAACAGCUGGAGACGGGACUUUUCCAGCCAGGUAACUAUUCAAAAUUUCCUGUGCUCCAAGAGGAGUGUGCGCUGAGCAGCCCCGCAGAGCUCUGUGAUGCUCAGGGGCUUGGUAGUAAAGAGACUAGGCAGCAGCAGCUGAUGUCUUCCGAAUUACCUGGAUCCGUUGGCAGGUGCGUGGCCUUGGACACUGUAAACCCUUUUAUGCAGGUUCAGAGUGGCGCAAGAAAGCUUAUGAAAGCUCCCAUCCAAGCCCAAGAGAGGGAUGGUUCAGAUGAUGAGAGCAGUUCUCUGGAUAGCGAUGAGGACCUUGAUAGUGCUAUCAAGGACCUUUUACGGUCUAAAAGAAAGCUAAAGAAGAAGUCCAAGGACCAGAAAUCUCAGUGCAAGAAGAGAGUCAGGUUUAGUGAGACAGCAACUCAGCUGCUGGAUGAAUUUAGUAGCCUCCAACCAAGUGACUGGAAAUGUAAAAAUCCCGUGCUGCUGAAAAGCUGCCUCUCAAAACCUAGAAAAGCUGUGAAAGAGAAUGCAACCCGAAAUCCUCCAGACAACAUAAACGUCAGACUUACCAAUGAAAAAACAGAGGAGUUCAAUUUACAGCUUAAAAAAGGAUAUAAACCUAAACCAGUUUCAAACCCGAAUAACCCGCGAGUAGCUAAAAAUAGCAGAAGUACUUUGGCGGCUGCAUCAGACGCUGAUGACAGCAGUUCGGUGGACAGCGAUGACAGCAUCGAACAAGAAAUUAGGAAGUUCUUGGCAGAAAAGGCUAAAGACUCUGCAGGCAGUUCAGAGAUACAGAAAGACGAUGCAACUCUGGACCUAUUGAGAGUGACCAAACAAACUGGUCCUAAAGGAAAAGCAAAGCACCAGCCGGUUGAAAAUGAGAUUGACCUCACGCUGGGUCAGAGUAGAAAGGCUGAGGUGUCUCAGCAAACUGAGGAGGUGAAGAACUCUCCGAGAACGGAAGGGAAAAGUGCAAUGUUACAUGGCAGUGGAAAAUGUGCUUCCUCUGCGGAGAAUGUUAAUCUUCAUACUACUGGUCAGUUAAAAGCUAAGCAGGGGGUGGGGAGUGUGAAAGGUAUUGCUGCUGGGGAGUUAUCUGGAAAUACAACAGGUAAAAAGGAUGGCCCUAAUACAGAGCCUGUGCAGAAAGUGUUUCCCGCUAAAACCAGCAAAAAUGAAGGUUAUAAAGUACGAAAAGUGAUUAACGCAAAGCCUAGACCUAAAAGGAAAAAUACCUUUCACCUAAAAAUUUCGAGUAAGUUUAUUGCAGGACUAAAAUACGCUCGGGACAGGAAGAAAUCCAUGCUUUUGAACAAAAGGCAGAAAGCAGAGUGUUUGCUGGCCCAGAGCAGCGCGUUAGGAACGGAGGCAGCUUCCCAGGACACAGGCGUGCUUGACCAGGGAAGAGGAGCCCCCUUGCCAAAAGGCGAGUUUAGUGGGGGGAGUAGCACGGCCAUAAACGAGUCCAGUUCUUCGCAGAAGCUCGUGCUGGAAGCGUCAAGUCCCCACGUAGCAGAAACCUGUGAAAGACUGGAGGCUGCUCCUUUGUGUAUCAGAGAGGAAGCAGAGGGCUGCAGAAGGGGUGAUGCUUCAGGACACCAGGCAGACGCGCGCGCGAGUCUUCCCGUGCAGGAACGGAGUGUGGCAGCAAGCAAAGCAGAUGAGGUUUGCAGAGGAACAUCCAGAGCUGAGAGCACACAGGUGCGGAUCGAGGAAGGAGACGGUCUCAGAGACAGCUGGGCCGAUUCAAAUUUGGAUCCCACACACCCCAAACACAGUGUGGGAGUGGUAAAGGCAGAUAAGGGUAGCAGAGUCACACCUCAGCAGGGUGUACACACGUGCAGGAAGGAAGGGCAAAGCCAGCAGGACAACAGGCCAGAUCCAGGUUUAGCUUGCCCGCUGCAGGAACUCAGUGUGACAACAGGAGCACUGGAUAAAACUGGUACAGGAACAUGCACAAGUAUCACUCUGAACAUGUGCGUUAAGAAGGAAAAGGUUACCUGCCAGGACAGUGAGAGGCAGGAAGAAAUUCAGGUAUCCAGCUCCAGUCUGGAAGGAAAAAUACCAGUCUUGCAGAAUAGGGAAACUGCUCGUGAAGUGGACCAGGGGCAGGAUGUUUUAGGCAAAACCUGUGCCAGACUUACUGACGUACCUGCAGGGGAGUGCCCAGAUUCCCUCUCAAAAAGAAAGGUUUCAAAUAUGAGAAGAAAGGGAAGUUACGAGAAGCUCAAGGUAUUGUCUAGCGUCGAAUAG